AUGACCCUUUCAGACGCCAUCUACAACACCAUCAUCAAACCUGACCAUGAGGAAACUGCCGUGCCGGCCAAGGCACCUUCCUUGAAAGGAACCGUGGUCGACAGAUUUCUUCUUAACGGCAAAGUGACCGUUAUUACAGGAGCAGCAGGCGCUAUCGGCGGAGCUAUUGCCGAAGGUUUCGCUCAGGCCGGCUCCCACGUGGCGAUCAUGGAUUACAAGCACGACCCAUCGCUUGACUCUCACUUGAGAGACACCUACGGCGUGAAGGCGCAAUCCUACCAGGUGGAUGUGACUGAUUUCGAUAGAGUCCAGGAAGUGGUCAACCAGAUCAAGGCUGACUUCGGCACCAUCGACGUUUUCAUUGCCAACGCUGGUGUAGCCUGGCAGACAGGGUCUAUCUUGAAUGACGAGUCCACGCUAGAGCUGUGGAAACGUGUUUUCGAUGUCAACGUCCACGGUGUGUUCAACUGCGCUAAGACCGUGGGGAAGAUUUUUAAGGAAAAGGGAGACGGCUCUUUCAUCAUGACCGCCUCCAUGAGCGGCCACAUUGUUAAUGUCCCCAACUACCAGACAUGCUACAACGCCUCUAAGGCUGCUGUGGUGCACAUGGCCAAGUCUUUGGCGGUCGAGUUCGCUGGCUUCGCUCGUGUCAAUAGCGUUUCGCCUGGUUACACGGACACUCCAAUGUCUGAGUUUGUGCCCACGAAACAGAGAGCCAAGUGGUGGGGCUUGACGCCCAAGGGCAGAGAAGCCUUGCCUGAGGAGUUGGUAGGCGCCUACUUGUAUUUGGCGAGCGACUUGUCGACGUUCACCACUGGUACGGAUAUUCGUGUAGAUGGUGGCUAUACCUCUGUUUGA